AUGACUCCCGUAACCCGAUCAAUGAAGCGGACCCCGAAGUUUCGAUCAAUCCACGAUGUCACCUUUUCGGAAGUCUUCACACUCAAUGGCGAUGAAAUUGAGUUCUCGCACACCUCUUUGUCCUUCGUGGAUGGCGACUUCAAUACCUAUGCUGGUCAAUUUAUAGGGAGAAAAUAUGACCUCACUCUGGAUGAAGUCAACAGCCUUCUCCAACACAUCCCUGAGGAAGAAAUAUACCCCGAACCACCACCACACGUCAAACUGGCUCCAGCAUGCCUCGAUCGAUACCACAUCAAGCAGCCUAGCGUUGCGAGCAACGAGGAGAUAAAAGAAAGCCAUGUAAAUCCAAAGAUCAUACUGGCCGAAGUGACUGCGAUGGAGAUGCUUUCCGAAACUCCACAUCCGAACAUCGCGAAGUACCACGGUUGUAUCGUCAAACGUGGACGUCUCGUCGGCAUAGUUCUCGACAAAUACGCUUCAACUCUCGAGAACCGCGUUGUCGAAGAUUCGCGCCCUUUCUGCAAAACACUUUUCCUCCGCCAACUCAAGUCUGCAAUCGAUCAUGUACAUUCGCUGGGCCUCGCCCACAAUGACAUCAACCCCAAUAACAUUAUGGUGGACGAGAACGAUACCACUUUCCUCAUUGACUUUGGAUCCUGCAAGCCAAUUGAUGGGCGUCUCAUAAGCGCCGGAUCACUAGGAUGGAUGGAAGAAGGGUCCGACUACUGGUUGUCGAAAAAGUCUCAUGAUCUUGCUGCGUUCUCGAAGUUGCAGAAGUGGAUCGAGAAUCCCAGCAGUAAUGCGGUUUUCUCGAAAUUCCCGGAAUGGUAUCCGGUCAGGUAA